AUGUCUACCAUGGGCACCUCCAAUGUUGGCAAGACUUCCCCGACUCAGCCCGUCGACGAUGACUUCGAUGCGUCAGAUUGGGCCAUCAAUCUCAAUAUAUGGAGUUUUGUUCCUGAGUUUGAUCAAGGAUUUGAUGAAUGGCUUCCCGCAGACGGCCAGUGUUCAGUCCAGUGUCCAGGCUCGGAUCACGCAUGCGAAUCUCAUAGCGUCACCAGACACGGAGAGCAAAGCCUGCCUUUUAAUGCGUGGGAUGUUCCAGAACCGGAAAGCUUUGAUAUUGGCAUUGAACAAAUACUUUCACAGGACGCCGAUUUGGGCAUUUCUUCCACGACGUACGACUUACCACUGGAGCCGCCCAUCAUUGAACCGCGCUUUGAGCCAUUUCCUUCCGAGAGUCUUGACCUGUUCCUGCGACAACUCACUCCUUUACCGAAUACCGAUCCAUCGCCAGAUAAAAUCCCCGAUACAGUUCCUCAGUGGCUCGAUCGUCAAGUCACUAUGGACGACUUGAAGUAUAGUCACCAAACCGGUCCAAAGCCUGCUGGUUCACGCUACAUAUCUAAGAAAGAAAUCGGUUUCGAGUCACAAUGUACCGGUUCAGUAGGAUCAACAUGUACUAGGUGUGAACGUCUCAAGUCAAAAGUAGACGAGAAGCUCGUCGACGUGCAAGACGGGGACCGUGCCCAAUCAUCCUUUAAGCUUUUCCUCACUCCAACAGAGCCAACAUUAUCGUUGCCAAAAGUCGUCUACUUCGAACUGAUUGAAACGCAGAAGCUUUUGGUCGCUCUUCGCGGCGAGGUGGAUCUUAUAUCACGUUUCGGGCAUGGGGAUUCUCUAGAGUCUUUGUUCGAUGGCAAUAUGUUAUGGCAUAUUGACGACAAGGCGACAUUUUCUCCUUAUUCGCUGUCAAGCUCGACUAUUGCGGUCAAGAGGCUCGCAACGACCGCGGGAACGGUGGCGCAACUUGAUGGCAUAGUCGUACCAACAAUGGACGCGGUUCAACUCGAUACUUUCAUUGAUCAACGACGGCCUGUGCGGGAAAUCGAAGGUCUUGCUGACGUGGACCGAGAGACCAUCACCAUCGCAUGGCGGUGCGCGUACUGGCUAGCGGUUCUACUCAACUGGGAUGCCAAUGAGGUAUAUCUGAUAAGAGCUGGCCGCGACGCUUUGUCUCUGGUCGAGGCAAAGAACCUUGUCUUGGAGCUCGCCUAUUCCGUGGCUCAUCGUAUCCAGGUCCUUAUCAGAAAACUCUGCCACCGAGCAAUCAAGUCUAUAAAUCGUCUUGACGAGAGCUUGGAUCCCGUCACAAUCUGUUGCGCUCUCUGGAUGGUAUUUUCCGCGACCCACAAGUUUGAAAAACGGAAUUUCCAGGCAAAGAGCUUGAAAAACCUGGGCAAGGAGCGCGGCAGCAUAUUUCGGGCGAAGCGCAGUCGAUUCAAUCUAUUUCGCGCCAAGGACAGCAUUUCGGGGUUCAUGCAUUUUCAAUUGGCUGCUGUUUAUUCUACUUCGAUACUCACAUUCGUCUCGGCUGCUGCAGUGAAUAUGGGUGAUAGGACAGUGCUCAAUGCUUCCCAGCUCUUAUGGCUUGGCCUUGUAACGGACUUGUCAGUCUUUGCUCUGCUUGUGAGCCGGCCAAGUGAAGCAGUUCGAAGGCAGAAGCCGAUCCCGAAGUCCCAUCCAUUCAUGACAUUGACAAUGAAGAAGAUGGUUGGAGGGCAACUGAUUACCCAGGUACUCCUCACACUGUUGGCGUACUUUGGGUGGUUCAAGGUGUUCCGCAAUGUCGUAGAACCCAUGAACGUGGAUAACAGAACACAGCGAAACACUUUCGUGUUCAACACCUUCGUGUGGCUUCAGAACUUCAACAUACUCAACUCCAACCGACUGGACAAUCUAUUCAAUGUCUUUGAAGGCAGCUUUCGAAAUUCCUUCCUCUUUCCUGUCGCACUUCUCGUUGCCAUUGGGCAAAUCCUCAUUGUGGCAAGGCCUUUGAGACCUCGCAACUAG